AAACACGAUUUCCUUUAACACUGUUACAACGUUUCACAGAUUUUCAGACAAUGUUACACAUUUGGUAUUAGUGAUAAACCUUCUAUUAUUAAUAAGCUGUUGUUCUCAGUGUCACUAUGCACCUGUUAGACAUAAUAAGUCACACAUAUUUUCUCUAUAUCUGCCCUGGAAAGAGAAAUAUAAUAGAUUUGAAGCAAACCUACUUAAACACGAUUCGGUUUUGCCUUUUGACUCAUCAUCUAUUUGACGUCUUUUUUUCAGAAACAGACACCGUCGUAGCUCCCUCUUCUGUCCAGUGUGCGGGUGCGAGCUUCAGCGGCGCCCAUCGGUGGACAGCGCACUUUCCGCCAGUGGCGUAGGCAGGUGGGCGACAUGUUCGCGAUGCCAGCGGCGUGCGUGCAAAGGGCGCUGCGCCCAGUUCCGCGCUGGAGAAGGCUGGGUGUGCGGUGAAUGCGCAAGGCCACCGGAACUGGGCGAAAAGGUGACCGGAGGUUGGCUCAGGGACAUCAUGGAGACACUAGUGGCGCCACAGACAGCACCUGAUGGAAUGGGAAUGGAUGCUGAGGAAGAUGAGGAUAAAAGGAGAAGAGAUAGAGCGGAAGUUCGUGAUUUUAUCGAAAGAUUAGUCAACGUUUUGCUUGGCGAAAAUGUGGAUGAUGCCAGUGUUAACAAAUUGUACAACGAUGAAAAAUAUUUACCAGUAGCUGGCCAGUCACCCUGCUCAGCGCACGCAACCUUGAAGCAGAUCAUCGAAAGGCUGUUGAGAGAAGCACUAAAUCUUCCCAAUUUGAAUAGAGACACGCAAAGUUUACCACCAAACGAAACUGAUAGAACUUAUGAGGACCUUCUAGCAACUGCCAUAAUCAACAAGGUGGUGAGUAAUGGUCAGCAUACCCGUCCAGGCUCAUCAGCAGCCAGUUUGUCCAGUAGAACAUCAACUCCAAGAAGGAGACGCGUCAAAGAAUAUUUCUUCGGAGAAGAGACCUUGGAGGAUAAGUGGAAGACCACAGACCUAGACACCUCUUCGGUAUCCAGUCUUGAAGAAUGGAUACACAGCGAUUCAAGUUUUGGAUCCAAGAAAUAUGUCGAUAGGGUCACUCUUACGAUAAAACAAGAUAUCGAAGAAGUUGCCCACAGCGAGUCGGAUGAUGAAGAUGACAGUGAAUACUUCAGAACAAACUCGUCCUUGCUGAGCGAAGAAGAGCCUAAUUGGUUCCUUCAGAAGCGACAGUUUCAAGGAACCCAUUCUCCAGUGCCAGUACCGAUGCUAGUACCUAAUCCCACUACGGAAGCCAAGGUACUGAUCGGCGACAAAGAAAUAGACGAAACGUCCGACCUGUCGGACGCAGGUUCCGAUUACGGUGAGGCAGAGUCAGUACCAGGUCGUACCAGCCUGCUGAUAGAAUCGAAGACGGUGAUUGGCGGGAAAAACGUCCUGGUAAACGGUGAUUCUGAUGAGGAAUCUUCCGGAGAUUCCGGGGUCAAAGAGGUAGACGGCAGCGCCAGCGGGACACACACCCCAAACAGGCACAUCGCCAGAGCCGACAUCACUGUGGACGACGACAACGUUGAAGACGCGUCGAUUAUGUCAGUAUACAGUAAUACUGAGAAAGUAGCAGAGUAUACAGAGAAAUAUGGUUCACUUCCAAGAACCAUUAUGAAGUCUCCAGUACCUACACCACCAGCAAGAGCUUCAUUGCAAAAGUCAAAGCAACAGACCAACACAUCACAACAAAAUGGCACGGACCAAACAGAUAAUAUGAAAGAAAAUGGAGCUCAAGAUCCUGGGGAUGACUCAAAGGAAGAUUUCGUGGUAUUCUCAGGUAGCUACAGUAGAAGAGAAAAGGAAAAAUGGAAACAUGCUAUUGAGAUGAAGAAUAAUCCGUAUUCUCCAGAAAACAUCGAAAAGCGAAUGAAACACUCUUCAAGUACCAUCAGCUCACUAUUUGGUCCAGACUAUUACGCGAAAUUGGCCGCCACGCCGAGCGGGGGCCGAGUGGACUCACCAGAGGUAAGUUUGAGCAAGAGGAUAAACCAACUAGAGGAAGCGUCGAUUUAUUCUAGCCUGCCAAGAAGCUUGUACACAUCCAAAAACUCGAGCAAGAAUUUCGUUAAGAACCCCUUGCUUAAUUUCCCAGAAAACCAGAAAUCAUUGUGACGUUCUACGUACGCAAUUCUACCUCGAAUAGCUGUCCAGAGCCAUUUUGUAUAUAGUUUUUAGUUGUUGUUAGCACCCAGUUGAGUAUUGUUAAGAUAUUGUUUGAAUAAACAUAAAAAUGAAUAUCUCAAUAUCUUUGUUUCGAAAUAGAUAUAAUGGCUUACGUGAAAACUGGUUAACGAUUUCAUCUGGACUCCAACUAAAGAACGGGAAACCGAAGAGCAGGAAAAGAGCAUGAUAAUCGAAGAUGUAUUUUCAAGUACCGACGCUGGCACUCCAACACCCAAUGCCUCGCUAAAAUCAGUACCUAUUCUAUCUCCAGAACCCAAAACAGAGCUAGAAAUGACCAGUGACAGCGAUUUGAGCGUAGUCAAUUGCUACAACAUCGCAAACUCUGAGGUAUCUGUAACUCCCAAAGUACGAAACGGCACCAUUGACAACGCUAGUGCUAGUGAGUCUGAGAUAGAAGUUGUCAAAAAGAUAUGACAGAACGGCCAAAGUACCUAAAGCUGAACUCUGCAGCACCUUCUAGAUCGCUGAAGUCACCGCUUGAAAUAACCAGUUUGAGAAGGCACAAAAGUGAGACAGACUUACUGUCCGAGGAUUCUUUCAAUAAUCCUCCAAGAAUUCUCGGUCGGAAAAAAGAUAACACCUUAAUUUCAAAGAUAUAUCAAGAUCCACAUGUUCGAAAAUUUGCACUAUCAAGUAGGGAUCAUCUACCUGUAGAAACAGUGAACUAUGGCAGAUACGAUGGCAAUCAACUUUGUUACAACUCAGAUGAUGGUUUUCCCAGAAGAAAACUCUUAAGCUACGAUGAUGAUUUAUUGAGUUCAAACGUAGUUAGAAAGAACGAACAAUUUAGAGGACUUAGAAGAGUCCAACAGAAUUUAGAAAAGGGACAAAGACAACACAUUUAUAGUUCCAGUGAAGACUUGCUCGGCAACGACGAAUGUGAGAAAACAUCGCCGAGAAAAGAUAACACUAUUGUAUCUAAAAUAUACCAAGAUCCGAACGUCAGAAGUUUCGCUUUAACCAACAAGGAGCGGGAAAGUUUACGUAAAAAAAGUUACAGUUCGGAGGAGGAUGUAUUCUCCAACAAAAGUUCUCCAGGCUCGCCGAAGUUGUCUUCUACCAGAUCAGAAAGUUGUUUAAAUGACACAAUCACUAAAAAUGAAAUAGAAAUAAAAACACGUUUCGUACAUACGCCUGAUCCAGACAUUGAUGAACUCUCGAAAAAGCAGAUCGUUCAUAAUAUCCUAGAUCGGAUGUCGAGAUCUCGAGAUGUUUCGCAGGAACGAGGUCGAAAGGAUGGUUAUAUCACAGAUGAGGAGAUCAAUGUCUCAGUCAAGGACUUGAGAAAGCUCUUUGAAAGCAAUGAAAUUACUGGCAAGGUGAUUUCUAGUCUAACUGCCAGAAGUUUAUCCAAACAAAUUAGAGAAGACUUGAAGCAAAAGUAAGAGCCACACAGUGCAAUUGUCUAAUAAUUUUAUGGGCAAUUAUACAUAUAAUUCCCAUAUGUACACUGAUUUGGUUACCUAACUUCCAGAGUAUUAUAUUUUUUAAUUAUUUUUAUUUAUUGUGUUCAACACAUAACCCAAAGAUAUUCGUUUUAAAAUACAUCCUUUAUUGUCAUACUAUGUACAUAACAAACUUAAUUAUAUUAAAUGUAUAUUAUGAGAAAUGUAUGCCUUCCUGGUUGAAAGCAUGUAGAAUCCUGUAAAAAAUGAUUGUACUUUAAAUAAAGAAUUUUAUUAUUGCUUAACCUUAAUUUUGUUUAAAACUCAACCAAACAUACUGUGACGCCCUCGUAACUACAACUUUUAGUAAUGAUGUGCAUAAGAUGUAUGUACAUCGACACUUAGGCAACCGGAAUUACGGACGCCGCAAGCAUUUGUCACCCUUCAAGAAUAUAAUAUACGCGUGCCGAGAGGGAGCAGCAGAGUAGAGUCGACAGAGG